AUGAGGCAAGUGUCUCUCAGAGAUCACAUCCUCCUGCUGGUCCACGAGGGUCUCCUGGGCUCGGGUGUGGAAGUUCCGUGGGUACAGGGCCUGGAACGGGCCGCUUUCCUGAGCGCUCCCGGGGAGUACAUGGCCCUGGAGCCGGGAUUCUUGUGCGCAGCUGUCCCAGAGAUCGCCUGCCACGAAGAGGCCAAGGAGGAGGACGCGGAUGCGGACGCUGAGUUCCCGCAGCCUGGGAUGGAUGCUGAAGCCGGCUGCAACGCUGGGCUCUGCAGUCCCGCCGCAAGGGUGUCGGGCCCCGACGUGCAGGGCUUCCUCCCAGAGCCCUGGCCUUGGGCACCCAACCCCAGUCCAGAGAGUGGCUCUCCUCACCACGACAACAACCUGGACUUGCACCUUCCAGAGCCCUUCCCCGACUUACCACUCCAACCUCUACCUCCCUCUCCUUGUUCAGGUCCCCACGAGUGCCCCCAACGCCCUCACGGUCCACGUCGCAAGGUCCGGAGAUGCCUGAUGUUGGAAUGA